AGCUCUCUUAUUCUGGUCAUGCAUUGGCAAGCUUCUACGAAGUUGUAGUAUUUCUUUGCUUCGGCUUUUGCUGUUUGUUCUCACGAUUGACUUCUCAUUACCCAAGAGGUUUUUCGAGCUCAUAAAGAUUCAUAAAUCCUUACCUCGCUAUUCCACAAAAGUAGUCUAUCCCACCUCGCUACUGCUCCCUCCCGACUACGUAUUCCCCAAGUAAUAACAGCGGGCAAUACCUCGUAUCCGCCUUCAAGAUAAUUAUUUGCUUAUCAUUUCGUUCCGCUUUGAAAACUUGAAGCAUAGUCUUGAAAAAUGGCGGCCUUUACGCAUGACGAGCUAUAUCAGUGGUAUACCAGCGAUGAAGAUGUCAAGCAUGAAGUGAGCGACAUGGUGGAAGACUACAGUACGACGGCAUCGAGCGGCGAAGAGCAAGAGGAGAGCCAGCCCCGCAAGAAGUUCCCACCCCCGCAGGUGUUCAGCCAGGAGUGGACGAGGCGGCGCCGCUGGUGGAGAUUUUUGACAUCACGGAGGGCGUUGAGAAGGAGGACGCGGACGGACCAGCGGCGCCGCCGGCUUGGGCCUGGCCUGGGGACUUGUUCAUGGCUUUCUUGAUCGUGUUCAUCGUUUCGCUGGCGCUCCUCAAGGGCGAGCGAUGCCACCCCAGCACUGCCCUAGCUGUGCCAAUGGAGCGCGGGCCUUUUUUCAGCCUACGCUGAAGCACCCCAGAAAUAAUAACAAACUACAUCGGCCGCGCUCGCCCACAUAUCGACAAAGUGCAGCCAAGCUGAGCGCGACAGGCAUCAAACUACAACUACUCGGUAACCAACGCCAAACAAGAUAAUACGUACCUAGCAUGAAAGGUCUAAGUCAGUCGUGUGAGUAAAUAAGUCUAAGCCAAGGCUGGCAAAGUAAAAAAGGGCUAAGCAAGGAAAACGAACGAAGUGGAACCGUCCGCGACAAGUCAAACGAGGCUGCAAGUGAUAAUCAGUCUCCUUAGUUUAGCCAAGAAUGUUUGUCCCUCCAUCUUCCAAAGCAAUAGUUAUCAGUCUCAAUACCAAGCAGACAUGGUGAUGUGGCUUGUUAAAUGAAAGAGGUAGUAGAAGAACUAGAAUCUGAAAGAGGUUUUUAGUCCUCUUCAUACUAAAUGGUAGAGAUGAUCUGGAAGUACUGCUGUCAAGACAGCAGGUACUUGGAUUGCGAUAAGCAUGGCGGUCUGUAGUAGUCUAGCAUCAGACCAGCCGAAGAUCAACCAUUAUAGUUCAUUUGUACUUGUUCCUGGACACAACUUCUACUACAACUUCCACGAACACUUACUUUCUCAUUCUCGGGUUUGGUUUUGGCUUGUAGAUAAAGAUUAUAGAACUCUUAUUUGAUUCAAAAUUUCGGAACGCUAAGUGUACUGGUACCGCUUCAUACGAUUAUACGAUCUACUUUUUUUAUUCUUGUGACGAGGGUACUAACUAACGAAAUCUACGUCUAACUUUCGCUGAACAACACACCUGGUGGCGCUGUGUAUGAUGGAAAGACGACUUUGCUAGUUGAUCUAGACCAUUUAGAUUCGAGCGGAGAUCAAGAGGGUCACGAUGACCCUGCAGUUGGUGUCGUUGGAGAAGUUAGAAGUGGAAUAUCAAGCGGUGCAGAUGGUGUCAAAAAUGUGGAAAAGAAUGAGGAGAAGGCGCGCUCAUCUUCUUCAUCCAGGAAAUUUCUUCCUCCAUCAGAGCUCGUUUCCACAGAAGGGUACAUCAAUGAGAACCAGAAACGUUCAGCGUUCUUGAAUGAUCAUCUGACAGUGGGGAAUCGGGUCUUCGCCUUGUGGGGAGAUAACUACAUCUUCUCUCAAAAAACCUACGAUGGAGCUCAAAUACGACUUGGAGCUUACAUCUAUGUGCCUUCUGAGCUCUUGCGGAAAAGGCUGGAUUUGUUGAGGAAUGGCAUGCCGUUCGCAUCGAACAAAAAUGUUCCUUGCACAUUGAACAGCAACCACGAACGUGGAAAGGCGGGAUGGUUUUUCGGUAUCUUCUCGCACGAACGCGGAAAAGUGGCGAAUUUGAAUCAGUUAGGUAACAAGGACGGUCGGUCUUCGUCUUAGCCUCUCAACAUCUUCGUUGCAAGGGGAGAAGUAGAACGAAAGAUGCAUGAUGGUCUCGAUCUGGGGUAUCGUUCGUAUUGUUAUUUUUGAAGAUAUUUAUAAUUCUGCAUUCUCUUUAUAUAUAGGCUGUAGGAGGACGCUAUAACGAACGGGGGAGGGAAGAAGCGACUUCUUAGUGCAUACAACAAAAAGUCGCGAAAAGAUGAAGCUACAGAAGUAGAUCAUUCAGUUUGGAUAACCACAAGCAGCGAAGGCCUCAAUCGUCCGAGACGACGACUGUCAGAGGAAGACGCGAAUACCGCGAAAUACCUGAAGACGCGGACCUCUAAGGAAAUAGAGGAUGGUGCUAGUUUUGGUGUGGCAACCACAACGGGCCCUGUUGUUAAGAACAAAUUUUCUAAAAGACGAAUAAAUGCUCUCCAUGUGUGCUGGUAACAGGUUUUGUGAUUUCUUUGAUGAAAACACGGGAUUCCAUGGAGUUGAUCUUGAAGUAGUCUGCUCGAAAAGUGACUAGAAGAAGAACAAGUUUGCAGGAAGGGAAAGUCCCUCUUCUUCUUCCGAGAACCGUUUCAGUGUUGGCACUAACAAAUCAACAUGAACAACAUCUACUCUGUAACUCACCGUACUAAGCCGGCCCAAGCUUGGGCCUAUCUUAGACCCUCUCGGUAUGUCUGACGUGAUUCCACCGCGGCAGCAUCUGACCCCCUGCCAAACCUGCACGAGUCAAGAGAAUGGACGCCCUGCAUGUGCAGGCUUCGCCGGUCUUGUGUCGUGCUUGUUCUGUCUUGUAUGUUUCAAUGGGUCACAUACUCACAUCAAGAAGCUACCUACAACGCGGACGACAGCUCCUCCAUCGCAACUCCUCCAUCUCAUUUUUAGGUUCAGCGACAGGCUCUAGUGGUGAUGAGGCCGCCUUUUCUGCAGCAUAUUUAUAAUCGAGUCCGGCAUCUAGUCGAAGUAGAAUCGAAGAAAGACCAGCAAAAUCCGGACGCAUUCAAGCCACGGCCAGCACUGUAACACUAUCUUUGUUUCAUAUUCUUGCUAGGGCCACCAGGAGCUGAUUGAACCAUCACCAUGGUUAGUGCCUUCAGUUAUCAUGUGAAAUUUGCUGCUAUACUUGAUUCCUCAUCACGUCACCACCAACACGUGAUGUGUAUUCCACUCUCCAUCCGACAUCAGAUACGAGGGUCCGGGUGAAACGAGUUUCCGCACAAGAAAUACAGACGAUUUAGGGCGCGACGUGCGUGGGGUAGAUACGUAUCCGGAAUCCAGCACUGAACUUUUCUACAGAAUGAUCAUGGGAAAGAUGCUAUUGCUGAUAAAUUUCAUUAUCAUUUUCGUCUUUUUGAAGAUGUUCAUGUUAAUGUAGAUCAUGCUUUGCUCGUGCAUGUUGUAAGAAGAUGAGUAGAAUUAGUUUAUCUUGAUGAUUCUUCUAUAAUCAAUAUCUUGUAGUUCGUCCUCCAGGACCUGCUUCCCGAGAGGUCCUCGCCUUCAAAGAGCCUUACAACUAGGCAAAGACCAAUGUCACAGAACGGACGGAGGCCCAUAGGGCCGAUGCAUGUGCAGACAUCGACGAGGCCAAAGAGUGCUCCUCUAGUCAACAACUCACAGCUUUAUAACCUCCAAAGUCGCAUGGGGAUAAAUUGCGAUUGGUACCACUUUACUACUAACUACACUAUUUUUAUUGAUCAUGUGCUGACUUAGACUACAUAUCUUUAUCUAUGUACUACAUCUACAUGUGGUUGUGGAUAUUUUUCUCCCUUGCUUAAUAAGGCGGGCGAUGAGUGAUAGAGUUAAUUAUCGUUCAUUUCAAAAAUAUACAGCUGCGGCACCUUCACAACGCAACCAAUUGAGUUAGAGGUGGAGACGGAUAUGCCAGCAUCCGUUCAGCGAGCUUUAGACUCCACCGAGUUUGCGAGUGUCGCGUUGUCGGCACCCUCAGCCGAUACUCUGAUCCCUGGUCCUAGAGGGAUCCAGACGUCACGAACAACAAGAAGAAGAAAACGAGCAUGCAGAACCUGAAGACGCUGAUAGAAGCACAGAAUGAUGAUGGUAUUGUUCGACUUGUGAUCAUUCGCUACUUACUUAGAUUAUCUAUAUAGAUAGUUAUUAUAUCUUUCUAAGUUAGAUAUUAUUAUAUCUCGGAGUAGGCUGUCUGUUUUAUAAUUUUUGGAGGUCACCUUCAUUCCGACUACAGCUGAUUCUUCCCUUUUCUGCGAACUGACGUCUACUUUACUUGUUAUUUGCCUAUGCUGUCCCGCAAUCCCACCCUCCACCGUCCCUUCACAAGCAGGUGUGCCAACCGUCGUUGCUCGGUGCUGUAGCUUUUCUUGUAUGUAUUAUAGCUGGAACACGAAGAAUUCCCCUACUUAUUUGCGUUCCAGACGCCAUCUUCAAAUUGACCUGAUGCAACGAACGGCACGAAAGGAGACAGGGGAAAGAUUGCCGGACGUGGCGUUUCAUAAAACGAACUGAGAGGUGGAGGAAGAUGUUUCUCCACAAUUUGAGCCCAAAUGAACAACUUCAACUUCAACUACUUCAACACGAACUCAAAUGACACCAAUCAGGGUGCUGCGGGGGAGAAUAAGCUGGGUGGUCUUCAAUCUUGAUAGUUGAACUCGAUCUCGAAAUAUCAUCCUUGAUUGUUGUACUAGUGAACCCCAUUCAUUGUUCCCAUUAUACAAAUGUAAAAAAGUGGCCCAUAUCAAUCUUGUCGAACUAACUGUUUCGAAUCAUGCGGUUGGUAGCCCCGACCGAGAAAACAAGGUCACGCCCUCUUCAUGACCUAUCUCCAUUACGUUGAUUCAUAAGUGUGGUUAAGACGAGUAAACACGUAUAAUUCAAUCAUCGACAUGGACAUCAACAUCCCACCGGUCGUAGUACUAUUUCUACGUCGAUGCCGCAUAAGAGACCUCAUCUCCUUCCCCCAUCUUCCCUGAUCACGGAUGCUACAAGUAGUCUUUGUUUGCGCCCAUUCAAUGACUUUUUAUUUACUCAUGGCGAUUACGAGAACUAGCACUUACGUACUACAUGUUGAACUUUUAGUUUUACCUGAACUGUUCUUUCCUUUGUAAUGAUCAACGAACCACAUUAAUGUCCACAUUACUAGAAUUCGCAUUUGACAAAUUAUAUAUUAUAUGACAUAAAUGAUCUUGAUGGUAAAUGAACUAGGUAACAAACUAAAUCACACCUACAACUAUACCUUACAGGUUGUUACCAUUUCUGUGCGUAAUAUUAAUCUUCGAUCUUUUUACAAGAGGUACAUACUGCUACAACAGGGCAGGCUACUUACCACUUGCUGCAACAUGGAUAUUUACGUUGACUUUGAUGUUCAACAGAUGUUGAAACAGUACUAGAGUUCCAUUUUUCUUCCUUCCCAGUUUUUCAGAUGAGCUAGUAUUUCACUCUUGUGCGUGAGAUUGUCUAAGACACUUACUUCGUAACCCCUCCUGGUGAUGAAGAUGUUGAAUUUCAAGAGCUGCCUUCUUAAUGAUGAUGGUGUAACAUGUCGGAGAU